UUUUUCUUCUGUUAGUCCUUUUAAAAGUGUCGUUUUACUUCCGUCGUUUCAUUCAGCGAAGGAUGUUCAACAGACAGCCUCGAAGAUAAGGCUUCGCAGACUGCAGUGUUAGCUACCCAGAGUGAAAAUUACAUCUUUACUUCUGGUGACAGUUGUCGGAAAAGAAAAUAUGACAACUCUUACAAGGCAAGACCUCAAUUUUGGACAAGUGGUUGCUGACAUCCUGUGUGAGUUCCUGGAAGUUGCCAUUCAUCUCAUCCUGUAUGUCCGUGAAGUUUAUCCUUCAGGAAUAUUUCAGAAGAGAAAGAAGUAUAAUGUACCAGUGCAGAUGUCAUGUCACCCAGAGCUGAACCAGUACAUCCAAGAUACACUUCACUGUGUAAAGCCACUCAUUGAGAAGAAUGAUGCAGAGAAGGUUGUAGUGGUCAUCAUGGACAAGGAACAUCAUCCAGUCGAGAGAUUUGUGUUUGAGAUUUCCCAACCAACAUUGCUGUCCAUCAGCUCAGACACAUUACUGUCGCAUGUGGAGCAGCUGCUGAGGGCAUUCAUCCUAAAGAUCAGUGUGUGUGAUGCUGUUUUAAAUAAUAACCCACCAGGGUGUUCAUUUUCAGUACUAGUACAUACCAGAGAUGCUGCCACACGCAACAUGGAGAAGGUUCAAGUCAUCAAGGAUUUCCCAUGGAUAGUUGCUGAUGAACAGGAGGUCCACAUGCAGGAGCCUAGACUGAUCCCACUGAAGACCAUGACAUCUGACAUAGUAAAAAUGCAGCUCUAUGUGGAAGAGAGAGCCCAGAAAACAUAAAAAAGACUUCUUCUUUUUCUCUUUUAAAAAAAGAAACUUUGCUGCAUGUGCCAAUCUGUGACAACAUUGGAAAGAGCUGGCACAGUCAGAGAAGAGCAUGAGUUUUGGGAUGGAGAGUGAGAUGAUCUUUGUGGAAUGUGUUAGUGAAGUGCACACAUUAAGCUGCAGAUUGGACUGAUGCACUGGCUGGACAUUUCAUCUGGAGUAAAAUCUGCUCCAGAAGGUUUGUUGUCUCUGCCGACUUGAUUUAAUUCCAUACCAUUAUGCACAUAUGUGGUUACAUUAUUGUGUUAUAUGUAUAGUGUUUUUUUGUUUGUUUGUUUUUAAUGUCAUUGUUUCACCAUGAAAAUAAAAUUCCAGUGGAAAUAGAAUGCCUUGAAAGUUGAUACCAGAUA